CUAAAGCUAAACAAUGGGAAAGGUCAAAAUGGGUAGAACCGGGCCCCGACAGCCAUUACCGACCCGAUUCAGAAAUAUAAAGAACCCUAACUAUGAUUGUAAAGAGAAGCCCUAGCAUUCAAAUUGAAGCGCCACAAAAAAGUCAGAAUCUUUCAAUGAAACUGAAGAUGAAACAAAUGAAGAAGAAGAAGAAGAAGUCCAAUCCCAAUGAGGCAAAAUUAGCAAAUAGUUUUGCUCCAAAUAUACAAAAUUUGAAAAGUCAACAGAAGAAGAGGAAGAAAUCUGUUGCAAUGACAAUAAAGGAUAAUCUUUUCAAUCAAAUUAUUAGCAAAAGACAAAAGUUUAAUGAGAAAUCAGUGCUUCCCAAUCCGAUUUGCAAAGGGAAGAGUGUGUUGGAUAAUAAUACAGAGCAGACGGAUGUUGAUAAGGCCCUGGAAAUUCACUUUGAAGAGGAAAUUUUUAUGAACAUUCUCAGCAGGUUACCCGUGCAGUCUCUUGUUCAAUUAAAAUGUGUUUCAAAAUUUUUGAAGACAUUAAUAUCCGAUCCUUACUUUAAGAUGAAGCAUCUCAGUCAUGCCAAGAAUGACCCAAAUUCCCAAAAACUUCUUCUUAGCCAAGAUUCGCCUUAUAAACAUGAUAUGUAUACCUUUUGUUGUUCUUUAUCGUCGGCUCAACUGGUUGAGGAUGAACAAAAACUUGAUUGCCCUUUAAACUUCAAACCAUCGGGUUGCAGAAUGUAUUGUUGUUGCAAUGGGCUGUUUUUUCUUGGUGUUUAUGAUGGAUCUUAUGAGCACUUUUUGCUGUGGAACCCCUCCACAAGAGAAUCAAGAGUACUUCCCCGUCCAGAGUAUUUGAAUAGAUGUUCUACUUACGGAAUCGGAUAUGACGUUACUAGUGAUGACUAUAAGAUCCUUAAGAUUGAUGGGAAUGUACUCGAUAAGUCCAUAAUGCCCUAUGAAAUUCUUGAGUUGAAAAGUGGUUCUUGGAGAAAUAUUGGUAAGCAUCCAGAUGGGAGAAUCGUUAUGUCGUCACUUUGGGACCCUGUUAUGUAUCCUUUGGCAUUUGUACACGGUGCAUUCCAUUGGCUUAGUGCGUACCAAUAUAUGACUCGGUCAUCUUAUGGUUGUUAUGUGGUGUCAUUUACUGUUUCAAAUGAGGUGUACGGAGAGAUUCCCGUGCUAGAGCGAAUGUGCUAUGUAUCCAACUCCGGGACCGACCAGCUUGGCAUUUCAGAAUUGGGAGGAAUGAUUUGCUUUCAUUCUACUCAUAUUCAUCAGGGGGGGUGUACUUUUAAGUUAUGGGUCAUGAAAGAUUAUGGUGUCAAGGAAUCUUGGACUGAAUUGCUUACAAUAAAAGAAACUGGUCUUUCUUCAAUCCGACCGAAAUACAUGUUUGUGAAUGGUGAAGUUUUACUGUCUUGUGGACGUCCGCUACAGUAUGGUACGGUAUUUAGGACAUCCACAGGACCAUUUGGAUUAUCGCCUCAACGUUAUGAUACCUAUCAAGAAGGAUUUGCGUAUACAGAAAGCUUGAUCUCUCCUAAAUUACUUACUUAGUAUUUGUUUAUGUAUGAAUGAGAACCUUUUUAUUUUUUGCGGAAAUCAUGUAACAUCUUUCCUUGGGCCAAGGGUCUAUCGGAAACAACCUCUCUACUCUUGAGGUAGGGGUAAUGUUUGCGUAUACACUACCCUUUCCAAAAUUCUACUUGUGGGAUUAUACUGAGUUUGUUUUUGUUGUUGUCGCUGGAUAUCAUGUACUAACUUAUUUUGACAAGUUUAUCUAUUGCUUUCCAUUUUUGCUUUCGA